AAAAAACACACUUACUACAGUUUUUGGGUUAGUUGGACAUGAUGGGGUCCAAGGGAGAGAUGCUUGCGGUGGCUGCAGUUUGUAUCUUUGCUCUCAUUUCGCAGAGUGAGGGUAUUUUAGGCGGUAAUGAAGCGGCUGCUCACUCUCGGCCGUACAUGGCGUCGAUCCAGCGCUUUGACGGAGAGGCGAGGACUCAUGAGUGCGGGGGCUUCCUGGUGGGGAACCAGUGGGUCAUGACCGCUGUGCACUGCUUCCCACACGGUACGGAUAACAGAAAGGUGGUGCUGGGAAUGCAUUCGGUGACUGAGACUGAGGACACACAACAAGUGUUUGAGAUUAUGGAGCUCCACUCAAACCCAAACUACAGAGCAGAGAAUUUUGACAAUGACAUCGCUCUGAUCAAGUUGGAUCGUCCGGUCAACAUCACCAAUGCGGUCCAAGUGGUGAAAUUCCUGCGCAGUGGAGGCACUAACCCGACCACAAAUGAGCAGGUGGAUACGGCGGGGUGGGGAGCCUCUGAUAACCUGGGUUCCAGACCAGACAAGCUGAAGGAGGUCACAGUGGAGGUGGUCAACCCAAUGCUCUGUCGGCGUAGUGACUACUUUGGGACCAGAUACACCAGCAACAUGAUCUGUGCCCACCAUGUGUAUGACAAACCAGGGAGCAGGCGCCAGGGGAAGAUGGACACCUGCGAUGGUGACUCUGGGGGUCCUCUGCUCUUCAAAGGUGUUGUGGUGGGAAUCGUGUCCAAUGGAGGGAUAAAGUGUGGUCAAAUGAGGAAACCAGGCAUCUACACCAUAGUGUCCCAUUACACUGAGUGGCUGGAUGGCAUUAUGGGCCCACAGCCAACCGCCCCGCCACAAUAAGAGUCUCUCUGCUGCGAUUAAACACACCUGUCCUGUCAUAAUAAUAAUAAAGCACACAAAAUAAUGUUUUACUUUGAAUUCAAUGUGUCUCACUGUGUCAAUAUUGAAAUCAACAGAUCAUAGUGGAACUGUAAUGCAACCUAGGGUUUUGGAAUGUAAGACAGAAGUAAUGAAUUUUUUUUUUUUUUUAAAGUUACUGUAUUGCAAAGUUAUUUUUUCUGUUAAAUACAUUAGAGACUCUGUUCCCCUCUAGUGGAUACCUUCUAAACCAGGGGUGUCAAAGUCAAAUUCACAGAGGGACAAAAUAAAAAACUUUGACUAAGUCUAAA